UUCAGAUGCUACUCAAUGAAACAGACGGUGCGCCCGGACUCCUCUGACAGCGAAUGGAAAAUCACACCCGCUUCAACUUCACUACGUCCAGUCACCAACUCUCUUAUAUCUUGCCCGUGAUUGAGCUUAUUUACAAGCGCCAGAAACGGACUGAAUAGAGUUUCGUGCAUAUUUACAAGGGCUUUACUCAAAUCAUCACGGACAAGAAAAGACGCGCGCUGUGUUUUUGCUCACCAACGGGACGCUCGCGCUCAAACAUCCACAUACGCUCGUAGCCGGUUAUCCAGCCGCGUUUGCGCACACUCCGCUGGCUGCUUCAAGGCUUCAUAACAGCAACCGACCCUGCCAAAGCAGUCUUUAAAACCCCGUGAAACUCGGCGGACAGGACAGGACGAGCGGACGCAAGCACGAUGCAGCAUCCCCUGACGGGCGGAACGUGCGUCGCCCUGCCAAACGUGGACAUGUGUCCUCAGCUCUCCUGUGCCUUGACUUUCAUGUACUUACAGCAGGGUAAUCAAGACGCCCCAGCACCCCCAGAAACCAUGGCCCAGCCUUACCCAUCGGCCCAGUUCGCUCCCCCUCAGAACGGCAUUCCUGCUGAGUACACGCCGUCCCACCCUCACCCGACUCCAGACUACUCGGGCCAGACCCCCGUGGCAGAGCACACGCUGAACAUGUACCCCCCUGCCCAGACGCACAGUGAGCCCAGCGGACCAGACAGCAGCAUACAGGCGGUCUCCGGCACAGCCACACAGACAGACGAUUCAGCACAGACAGACAGCCAACAGCAAACACAGUCAUCUGAAAACACAGAAAACAAAACGCAGCCCAAGAGGCUCCACGUCUCCAACAUCCCCUUCAGGUUCAGAGAUCCAGACCUCAGGCAAAUGUUUGGCCAAUUUGGUAAAAUCUUAGAUGUUGAAAUCAUAUUUAAUGAAAGAGGAUCAAAGGGUUUUGGUUUCGUAACUUUCGAAAAUAGUGCCGAUGCGGACAGGGCCAGAGAGAAAUUACACGGCACGGUGGUAGAAGGUCGUAAAAUAGAGGUUAACAAUGCAACAGCACGGGUAAUGACGAAUAAAAAGACCAUCAACCCAUAUGCAAACGGGUGGAAGUUGAAUCCAGUCAUGGGUGCAGUCUACAGCCCAGAAUUCUAUGCAGUGCCAGGCUUCCCAUACCCAGCAGCCACGGCGGCAGCGGCGGCGGCGGCGUACAGAGGGGCACACUUAAGAGGAAGGGGGCGCACCGUCUACAAUACGUUCCGGGCAGCUGCGCCUCCCCCACACAUCCCAGCCUAUGGGGGUGUUGUUUACCAGGACGGAUUUUAUGGUGCAGAUAUUUAUGGUGGUUACGCUGCCUACCGAUACACUCAGCCUGCUACUGCUACCGCCGCUGCCUACAGUGACAGUUACGGACGAGUUUAUGCUGCCGACCCCUACAACCACGCACUUGCUCCAGCAGCCGCAUACAGCGUUGGUGCCAUGAAUGCUUUCGCUCCCUUGACUGAUGCCAAGACCAGAAGCCACGCCGACGAUGUGGGUCUCGUUCUUUCUUCUUUGCAGGCUAGUAUAUACCGAGGUGGAUACAGUCGUUUCGCGCCAUACUAAAAAAAAAAAAAACCUUUCAAAACCUAUUGAGAAUCUUCCUGUGGGGGUAACGGAGGAGUAAUUCAGAGGCCUGGGUAUUGCAAUACAUGCAGUAGUGCAUCAUUUUAGCAUCUCUUAAGAGAGAGAAGACAAAAACGGAUAUUUUUCAUCUUAUACCUCAGAUAUUUUGUGCUGUGUAUUUUAAUAUUGUGGGUUUUUAAUUUCUAAAGAUUACAUAGAUUGUUGGCUGUAGAGGUUUCUGUGGUGAUCUAGA